UGUUCAGUUGUCAUCGAGCGGUUGCGUCUUGCAGACGUGGAAAAGUUCCGAUUGCGAAGGAGGAUUAUUUUUGCGAGUCCAGAGAAGAGGGGAGUUGUUUUUCUUCCCGCAGGAAGAAAAAGUGAAAAAUCAAUUCGAAUCAUUGCGGGUGUGGAAAUUGAGUGGAAAUAGUUUUCCAUUGGUGAGUUGUAGAGUGGAAAAAAGUCGAAGAAGAGAUUGGUGCUAAUUUUUUAAGGUGGUGAAUACUGCAAUCGAAUGACAAAAUUGCACUAAAAGCACUACACAGUGAAGUAAUGCAAAUUGUGCAAAAAAUAUGAAGUCUGUUCAAUAAAAUUCGUCUUCUUCAUAGGUCGAGUGUUCCGGAGUGCGAUGGUGUUUGUGAAAUUUAUCGUUUUUGUGCGGAGCUGGCUGCGCGGUUGAUGGUCGUCAGUUGAAUAAAAAAGAAGGAAGAGAGGUCUUUUUUUCGCAAAUUUUUCUUCCUCAUCUGCCUGCCUAGCACAGCAGCGACUUUGCGCUGCGGUGGAUCUUUUCUUGUUGGUUUGGUGGUGUGCUUUUGCUGUGCCCGUUCGUUCGAACUCGAAGUGCGAAAUGAAACGCAAGUGAAAAUACAAUUCCCGCUGAUCGAGCAAGAAAUAAGUGCAAGAAAUACCUACAUAAUCCUACCCUUCGGGUCCGGCUGCAAAAAUUGUUUCGCUCAGUUCCAGUGCAACUGUGAGUGCAAUAAACGGUGUUGGGAGAUCAGUAGUGGAGGCUCCUCUCCGGGUCAGGUGAAAGUUACUGCUGCCUGCACUCUAGCUUUGUCAAGUGCAUCGACGUCAUAACAAAAGGGAGUUGGUAAAUAGCACGUCUCUUGGGUGCAGAGGAAUUUCGCGCAAUCUCCGGGUCUGCGCGAUCCGCACAUAUCAUAACACCGCAGACGGGUAUUACGUCGCGCAACACGCGGCAGUAAGAUACCGUUAGAAGUGCCGCGUGUGUGUACAACAGUCAGGCAGUCAGUGUUGAGAUUGGGGUGUGAUAGAGAAGCAGAAGAAAAAACACCCAAUUGGGGCGCGUUGAAUGAUCGACGCGAAGAUAAACAACAUGGCAACGACGACUCCGGUGCCGACAAACGCCGCGACGCCUACGGUAGUUACGGGAAAUGGCGUUCAGAAGCAAGAACCGGAUGUAGUUAAUAGGUCGGCGACGCCCGUGAAGAAAAACCAAAUGCAGAAGCAACCGAAGGAAAUUCACUAUGUUAAUCCGUUUGUGCACAAACUGAUCUGGGACGAUCCCAUUGAUAAAGUGAAGACUGCAUUCCUGACAGUAUUCCUAUUGCCAUUUCGGGUGAUACUCAUUCUAGUCUGCCUGGUGAUAGCGUGGACGUUAGCAACUAUAGGACUUUAUGGAUUAACCCGCGAAGAGCUAAGGACAAAACCUCUCUCCGGAUGGAGGCGACACAUGAAACGACUGCUGAGCCAGUGCGCGAUUGCGAUGUACUCCUUUGCGGGACUCGGCAUCGGAAUACGGGGCCGGAAGGCCACCCGGGCGGAGGCCCCGGUCCUAGUGGUAUCGCCGCACAGCUCCUUUCUGGACGCCGUCAUCAUCUACCUGACUGGACUGACGAGCCCGCUCGUGCGGAACGCGGACGCCAACCUGGGAAAGCUGAUCGACUACGCCCAGCCCAUCUACGUGUGUCGUGAGGACCCCAACUCGCGACAAACCACCAUCAAGGAGAUCAUCGAACGUGCCAACUCCAAGGAAGACUGGCCCCAAAUUUUGAUCUUCCCGGAGGGAACCUGCACCAACCGGACGUCGUUGAUUCAAUUCAAGCCGGGUGCCUUCUACCCGGGCGUUCCGAUUCAACCGGUUCUGGUGCGAUAUCCGAACAAAGUCGACACCGUCACGUGGACCUGGGAGGGACCGGAUGCACUUCAACUGCUGUGGCGAACGCUGACGCAGUUCCACACAUACUGCGAGAUCGAAUUUCUGCCCGUGUACCAUCCGAACGAGGAGGAAAAGAAGGACCCGAAACUGUACGCACGCAACGUACGCAAUCUGAUGGCCCGCGAGCUGGGAAUUCCCAUUUCCGAUUACACGUUCGACGACUGCAAGAUGAUGACGUUCGUCAAAAAUAUCGGCAUGCCAUAUCCGUCGUUCAGCGCCGAUAUCGAGAAGCUGCGGAAGGAGUUGGGCAUGAACAAAUUCAACAUCGAGCAACAACUGGUGGCAGAAGGGCCCCGAUUGACGGAUGAGAACAGCUUCCUGACGAUAGAGGAGUUUUCCAAACGCUUGAACGUACCGGUGAACAGUGAAUCGACAAAGAAACUCUUUCGAAUAUUUGUUAAGCCUGAUCGCGGAAUGGACGUGAUCGAUUUCAGAGAGUACCUGUUGCUAUCCCUGUUCCUAAUCACGUUAUAUUCGCCAAAAAUGAACUAUGUCCGAGCAUUGUUCCAGCUUCACGGUGACCGUGGUAAGGUCUCCCGACAGGCGUUCUUCAACACACUGAAGUACCUAGUGAAGAUCAGUCCGCAGGAAGCCGACGCCAUCUUCGUGACGGCGGACAGUGAAAAUUUGGGCGAAAUUUCAUUCGAUCAAUUCUCCAAAGUGCUGGACAAAUACCCAGCGAUCCAGAAGAAGCUCCAGAAAAAUAACGACCCCAACAACCUGAGGCUAAACUAAUCCGUGCGCUCGAUAAGUUUGUAAUUGCUGGAACCAUCCCCCGUCGUUGAUAAGAUCUUUAUUUUUAUUUUAACAUAUCCUUUGUUGAACACCAGCAACAGCAGCAGCAGUAGCAGUAGAAGCAGCAAGCACAUUAAGUGAUAUGGAAACUGGAGAUCGUCGGAAGUCUACUUAACUCCUCAUAGAGAGCUAUUUAUUAUUUAUUGUGUUCGUCAUGCAAUAGACGUAAUGGUAGUCGCCAUGUGGUAUUAAGUCCAGUUAUAUUUUGCUAGAUUUUAUGUUACUCUCGAUGUGGAUGCAUCCAUUACAUAUACCACGUUAGGGCAAAAUGACUGAACGCUACCCUUAAAUGAUCUUUUAGUUAAAGAUAUCUCUGUACGCGAGACAUGUAUUUUACGGAGAGUAAGCCACAGAAUAAAAAGAAUACUAAGGAUAUUUGGAAUCGCUGAUAUUUGUAUCAACAAUUAUUGGAGAAGCUGUGCGGUGUGACUUGUGUAACUCGGAAUAUCGAUUUGUGUCUAAUGUAAACUGUCUUUCAAUAGCUUUUGACACGAUAAAUCCAUGUCUAUAAUGAAAUACAAAGCAGUAUACACAACAGCUUAGAGCGUAAGAGUGCUAUUCAGGAUAGCAAACUGGACUGGACUGGUUUAUGUGACGUGUAUUUAUGUUCCAGAAUAAAGUGGUUAGAGAUCGCGAUGUUGUCGAUGGAGAAGUAAAGCAGG